AUGAGCACCUCGCCAUUUGCCGUUUACAAUGAGGCGGUUCGGUCGCUUUUCGGCCCGGAACCGAAACUCGAGAUGCUGUUCGAGAACAACGACUACCCAUUUGCGCACGGGGCCGGCGUGUUUGUGGCCCGCGACAACGUCCUGUUCGUGACCAGCAACCUAUACCGAGCGCGGUCACACGAGGUCGCUGCGGCCGCGUACACGAGCAACAAGGCCAUCCAGAUCACCAAGGUCCGGCUGCCGCCGGCCACCAACGGCGAUAGCAGUCAUGGUGGCAACAGCAGUGCCUACGGCGUCCAAUGCGAAGAAAUCAACCCCGAGGGCAUCGCGAUGGCCAGCGGCGGCGCCCACUACGGCGACGACAGCGUUGUCUUCUGCGCGCAGGGCAGCAAGGAGCGCGUCGGCGGGCUGGUCGUGAUGGACACCACGCCGCCCUAUGCGACGCGCCCGCUCGUGACGUCCUUUUUCGGCCGGCCCUUCAACUCGCCCAGCGACGUGGUCGUCGCCCGCGACGGCGCCGUCUGGUUCACCGACCCCAACUACGGCUUCGAGCAGGGCAUCCGCACCCUCUCGCAGCUGCCCAACCAGGUCUAUCGCUACGACCCGGCCACCGACAACCUCCGUGCCGUGGCCGACGGCUUCGGCCGCCCCAACGGCAUCUGCUUCAGCCCCGACGAGUCCGUCGUCUACAUCACCGACACCGACUGGAUCCAUGGCGACGGCUCCACCGACCCGUCGCGCGCGUCCACCAUCUACGCCUUUGACGUCGCCACGUACCACGGCCAGCCCUUCCUGGUCAACCGCCGCCUCUUUGCCAUGGCCGACACCGGCAUCCCCGACGGCAUCAAGUGCGACGUCCACGGCAACGUCUACAGCGGCUGCGGCGACGGCGUAAACAUCUGGUCGCCCGGCGGUGUUCUGCUCGGCAAGAUCCUCGUCGCGGGCGGCGCGGCCAACUUGUGUUUCGGCCGCAACGGCGAGCUGUUUCUUCUCAACGAACACAAGCUGUGGCGGGCCACACUAGCCGCGUCGACCAAAGGGGCGCUGCUCGGCAUAUGA